AUGUCGAGUCAGAGCUGCAUGAUGAGCGUCUUCGCCGCUCCGGUGCAGAACGAGAUGGGUUUGCAACCAUCCGGCCGCCUGGGCCUAGUUGGUCGAAAGGCCACCUACGUCGACCACGAAGCAAACCCACUGCCGGCCAUGGUCAACGACGACGACUCUUCACUCCUCAUGCGUUCCCCGCAUAUCACUAUUCAGAUCCCACUACCCAUGCUGUUCCGAACCAUGAGUUGCCAGAUCAUCCAGAUAUGGUCCUCCUUCACUCCAAUGCCAGAAGUUCUACCCAGCCAAGGCCUGUUGUUUAUGAUUUGCCUUUUCAACACCCUGUUGCGGCACGUGUCGUACAAUGCACAGUACGAGGUUCCUUCUCAGUUCGCCUUUCUCAUAUCCAAGAGACUUCCCACGAACGGAGUCACGAUUAGCCAUGAGGAACAGGCCAAAUCACUCUCACCAGCGCUGGAUCUGCUUAAGAAGAUGCCCUCUCCAUCCUCUUCCCUCCAGACGCCCCAGGCACCCAAGCGCAAGACGCAACAAACCCUUCACAUUUCUUGCCCCAUCGCUAUGUAA